AUGCUCGAAGCCGAAGGUACAACACCGGCAGUACUGAUGGACGGGAUGCUCGAAGUCGAAGGUACAACACCGGCAGUACCGAUGGACGGGAAGCUCGUAGUCGAAGGUACAACACCGGCGGGACCGGUGGACGGGAAGCUUGAACUCGGACCGUACCCUGCACCCGAUCCUGAAAUCUGAGAAGGGGGCGGGGUGUGUUGGGCGAAAAAGCCAGUGCCAACGCCAGGCGGAGACGCUUGGCGGACAACGGGGGGAGGGACAACGGUAGAGGGGAUUACAUCACCGUCGCGGUACGAGGGGGGCAAGCGGGUGGCCGAUAGAGAGCAUCCGAUAUCCGAAUAUGCGAAACUAAGCCGACCGCCGAAAAGGUGCACACCCCUCUCAUCCAACACUAUCCUGUGCUUUUUCUGCGUUUGGUGCAGGGAGAACAAGUUGAACGAAAUUCCUGGCACCACGUACACGUCUGUCAAUUGGGCACAAAAAUCCACUUCUCCCGAGCGGCCUCCUGCCAUAUGGAAUGCCAGAUUGACACUACCGACACACUCCACGCGCAAAUGAGCACCAUUGCCUACUCUGAUGUAUUCUUUGCCGGGGGGAACAGGCGAGAUGUUGUACAUUUUGGAGCUGUUACUCACAAAAUGGUUGCUUGCACCGCUAUCCGACCAAAAUACCUCCCUACCAGGACUGUAAUCGCAACUCUGGGCAGACAAAGCAAAACCAAGAUCACCACAUGCGACACUGCCUACAUCAUUCGAAACCGAAAGCGAACUCAUCUCGUCAGCGGACCUAAAGUGUGCCAUCAGGGAGUGCAGAUGCCCAGGCGGAAAAGCUGCUGCUCCGGGAGAAGGCGACUGGGGCGGGGCAUGGGUGAAGUGUUGCUGCUGCUGCUGCUGCUGCUGCGGCUGAAACGACGGCGGUCGCGGAGGCUGCGGUGGUGGCUGCUGCUGCUGGUAGUACGACGUCGGAGGCGGGUGGUACGGCUGUUGCUGGUAAUAGUCUGGCGAAGGCUGGUGCUGCUGGUGCUGCUGCUGGUGCUGCUGUUGUUGCUCCCACCCCCCAUACUCGCUACCAUACGCGGGCCCCCCGUAGGGCAUAGCACUAUACGCAUGCGUCACAUUUGCAUGCCCGUACGGAGGCCGCCACGGCGGCUGUGGCGGACGAGGGGGAGCUGCAUACCUGUGCUGAUGCUGUCCUCCGUAGCCGCUGUGAGGUCCGUGCUGAGGCCCGCCGCCCCAGCCCCCCCCACUGCUGUAGCUCGGCUGCUGCUGCGGCGGUCCAUGAAGUUGCUGUUGCUGGGGAUGCUGCUGUUGAGGCUGCUGUGGCUGAUGCUGCUGUUGCUGAGGCUGCUGUGGCUCCUGUUUCUUCUGACGGUCGCGUUGAGUGCGGCACUGGGCGUUGGUGUGGGACAAGUGCGGAUGUAGGUAGCAGUGGUCGCUGUCGGCUCCGCUCUCUCCUGCUUUCUUGUUUCCUCUCCCUCUGCUCCUGCUCCGACUCCGGGCGCCUCCGUCUCCGUCCUGUCCCCCGCCGUUUCCACUCGACCCAUUUUGGACACGUCCAUCGCCCCGGAUACCACCGGAAGCGACGAACGCGUGCCCCGCGCCAUUCUUUGGUUCCUCCUCCCGACGGCGAAGCAAUUCCGCAUGGGCAUCUCGUACACCCUUUUCGAUUUUUUCGCGCGAGGGGGGAAUCGGUGACAUAGUCAGAAUUUUCUUUUCCAUCGUGUACUCGUCGGAAAGGUGGUACACCAUGUGGGCAUUGGCAUCUUCGUCGGAGAAAGUAACACCGUGCGAGGCUAGCCUACUGCGCAAAACAGCAAAUCUCCCGAAGUAUUCUUGGGGGGUCUCGCCUACUUUCAUCUCAAGACCGUGGUAUUGGGAUGACAGUCUUUCCUUCUCCGCUCUGGCACGCGGCUCGUAAUAGUUCAAGAAAAUUUUCCAACCUCCGCUUGGACUACCAUCAGCGAUGAUCUGGGUAAGGAUUGGCAUGUAUGUUACAGACGUGAUCAGCAGGUUCCACGCCGUAAUUGCCUUCUCUACGCUAUCAGGCGAGUGCAUCCUAUGCAAUUCCUCCAUGUCUAUCCCUUCUAGCCCGACUGGAAUUCUGUGGUCACUCAAUACCACUUCCCUGACUCCUUCUUGCGCAAACAUUGCAAUCAUGUUCGAUCGAAAAAUCAAAAAUCUUGCCUGCUCAUCUUCCCCUUGCCUAAAAAUCCCAUCCCAAGGCGCUAGGCGCUUAACCUCAGUCAGGCGAAUACUUCCUCCUGUAUUGGGUACUCUACCGCUGUCCCGUGGUGAUAUCUGCAGGCGGCUGGUCAGGGCGUCGGCGAGAGUGCGGGCGAUGUCAUCUACGGCCGGGUUCGCCGAUGGCCGCCCCGCUUGUUGCUGGUGGCGUGCCUCGUGCUCGCUUCCGGUCCGGACGUUCUCUGUCCUCUGCUCCUCCUCGUCUUGUUGCCGUCUUAUGUCGGCCAGUCGUUGUUGUACCCUCAUCUCCACCAACUCGUUGAUGCGGGCGUCCUCGUCUUCUGCGUGACGGGCGCCUCGUUCUUGGUCGGCGCUGGACAUCGGUGACAGCUGCUGAUCGCCGCAAAGCGAUACUCCAAACUAAGCUCGACGCGAAUCUCGUAGACGACGUGUCAUAAGCUAGCGUGAUCGAUAAUUCGGGUGACCCAGUUCUAUGUGCUUGGAGUUUAGAGCGGGUGGCCCAUGACGGGGCGUGGAUGGGUAAAGACGUGUUGGGAAACGUGUUGUAUCCGUGUUGCCGUGUUGUAUUAAUCGGGGGCGUGCUCGUGCUCGUCAAACCAUCACGGUAUCGAGUCACGCCUUCAUGCUUUCUCACACAACGAAUCUCUCUGAAUCCUCACCAAAAGCCUCUCACAACCAAGGAAAAUAUGUAGAAAGUUCCUGUUCCUCCGCAUCUC